GGCGCUGGAGGGAGGCGCGCUCGCCAUUGCGCAUCCUCCUCUCGCUCCUCGGGCUGCUGCCUUCCUCCUCUUCUCUCCUCGGCUGGCGGCGGCAGGCAGGCAGGCAGCAAAGGCUGGCGACCAUGGCGCUGAGCAACUUCCUCUUCGCGCAGUGCACCUGCUACUUCCUCGCCUUCCUCUUCAGCUUCAUCGUGGUGGUGCCGCUGUCGGAGAACAGCAACGACUUCCACGGCCGCUGCCUGCUCUUCACCGAGGGCAUGUGGCUCAACGCCAACCUGACGGCCGAGCGGCAGCGCUUCACCGUGCAGGAGUGGGGGCCCGAGUCCGCCUGCCGAUUCAGCCUCUUCGCCGGCCUCCUCUCGCUGCUGCUCGCCGCAGUGCAGGCCUGGAGGACGCUCUUCUUCCUCUGCAAAGGCCACGAGGACUCUUUCUUUUACGCCUUCCUGAAUCUGCUCGUCAGCGCUUUUGUGGUGUUCGUCAUCUUCAUCGCCAGCACGAUCGUAAGCGUUGGCUUUAACAUGUGGUGCGACGCCAUCACCGAAAAAGGAAGCAUGCCCAACAGCUGUGAAGAAUUACAGGAUAUAGAUCUUGAGCUGAAUUUAGAAAACUCAGCAUUCUAUGACCAGUUUGCCAUCACACAGUUUGGCCUUUGGGCUGCCUGGCUCACUUGGCUCGGAAUUACCAUUUUGGCCUUUUUGAAAGUUUACCAUAACUACCGGCAGGAGGACCUUGUGGAGAGCCUGAUUCAUGAGAAGGAGCUCUUGCUAGGAAGAUCCUCAUCACGAACUUCUUUCCAGGAGGAGAAAAGUGGCAUGAUCUAAUGGGCAGACAAGCCAGUCUAUCUAGCAGGUUGUAGGGGUUUUU